AUGGACUUGCAACUCGCACCCGGCAUUGUUGUCCUCAACAAGAGGUACUUCUGCCGAAAUACUCUUGUUGCGGCACAAGUCGGUGCCAGCUCCUUCACUUUCGCUGUCCUUCGUGUUCUUCUCGAUUGUAAUAUCCUGUCUGCUAUUGUGUUGUAUAGCCGAGAUGAGCAGUUGUCUACCGUUCGUUGUGAAGUCGAAGAGGACUGGGACGGUGUCGUUGUCGUCGCCUUAUAUUUCAACUUCCGGAUGAACAAGAUCCGGAUUGCUACGAGUCUCAGAGACGCGUUUCGGCUCGCCUCUAGCAAGAGGGAUAAGCAGCCGCAUCCUAUUGUCUACUACCAGACCGAUACACUCCUUCAUUAUCACCCUCAAGGCUAUCAUUUUUGUGUCACACACCACGGGCCUUUUGCUUCACAUUUCGCUCAGGAAUUCUCCCCUGACCUUGCGCGACUAUCCUUCGGUGGUGCUCAAGACAAAGCCGACAUUCUCUGCCGGCGGCAACAGCUUGGCAUCCAGCGCCUGCUCCAAGACAAUCAGGGUCAUGUCCUCGCUCAUUCGAGACUCCAACAACGCAUCUUGGAGAAUGCAGGACUCCACAGUACCCGAUUCACAUACCUCCACCCGCCAAUUGGAGUCCCCCUGUGCAAUGAUCCCAUAAUCUUGCCUAAGGCGAUGCAGGAUUUCAUCUACGGAACAAGUCUCCUCCUUCUCACCGCCGUGGCGCGUCUGGACUACUUCAAAAAUGUCGAGCUGCUAGUUCAAUCCGGCCUCGAACUUCUCGAAAUGGGCGUCACAGUCAGAACCCUCGUCGUCGGAGACCCAGAGGAUGACAGCUCCCGCCGCAGAGCUCUUCUCGAAUCGGUUCCGGCCGAGAAGCGCUCUCUCUUCAUGGUGUACCCCAGGCUUGCCAAGGGCCAGCUCUACGCGCUCUUCGCAGCUGCGCGACAGAACGGCGUUUUCAUCUGCCCGUCGCGGUACGAGACCCUCGGCAUCACGCCCCUCGAAGCGGCUGCCAGCGGGGUGACCACCCUGGUGACGGAGACUCCCAAUGUCGAGGCACUGACCUUCAUGCCUGCGGCCUGCCGAGUACCACAGGACAAGUCUUGCAUCGCUGCGAAAGUGAAAGCCAUCUACCUCGAAGGAGUUCCUGUCUGGGCGAAGACAGUCAAGCGCCAUGUGCGACCCGCAACUUCGCUUGAGGGUUUCCGCGAUGAUUUAUUGACUGCCUGGGCCGAGAUGUCGGGAGCGAGUAUAUUGAACACUACACGUCAGGCUGAUACCCAGGGCGAUCAAUCAGUCCGAAAUACUAAACUUGCAGUAUUGUAA